AUGAAAGCUUCAGGCAGCUACCCGCCAGAGCAAGGCACAGGAGGAAGCAGCGCUUCUGUGGAAAGGAGCCAUGAGAAUCUGGCUGAGUCGGGCACGCUGGCCUGGCACGGAUCAAAUUUGGGGGAAAGACGCUUGCUAGGCGAAGCCUUGGCCGCUGGGGUAUGUACAAGACCACGACAACCAAAGCAGCAGCCCAGUCUGCGAGCCCAGUCCAAAGACAGACCCCAGUCCGAGCCGCCGCAGCAUGGCUCAUUUGACAAAUACACGAGUUCUGCGCACGAAGCAAGCCAAAGCGGACAGAGGCUUCCGCAGCUUAUCGACGAAAUUGAAGGUCAUUUGCUCCAACAGACAGCGCGGCCUCCAGCAGAUGCCUCUGGCUGGUUGCAGGAAACAGUCCGGCUGGAGCAUUACAUGCAGGAGAUGCAGCAGUUGUUAACGCAGCACUUGGAUGUCGCCCAAGAGAUAGUACCCAGACAAGAUUCGAAGGGCCGCGGCAGCGGCCGUGGUAUGGCAAGUGGUCGCAGCAGAACGCGUGUUGCACACGGCAAAGUGCCCAUCCGCGAACUCUCCGUGUUGCGUGGCGACAAGGACUUAAGGUGGGCGCGACAGCAGCUGAAGAAUUGCGAACGGGAGCAUUCGCACUUGCAGCAUCUGCUGGGGGACGAAGAUGCCGAACGGAGUUUAUUUGCAGAGCUUCGCCAGGUGGAAUCCGCACUUGAGCUUGAGAAGCGAAGACUUAAGAAUCUGCAAAGAGAAAGUCACAAGCGAGAGCGAAGCAUGGCAAGAGCAGCCGAGCGUGCUGGAGGAGGAGAGCUUGGCAGUUUGAACGCUGACGGAAAUGCAAGAGCAUCGAAGGAGGUGGAAAGGUUGGAAGCUGAAUUGGAAGUGUGGCAAAUGAAAAACUCAUCCCUGGCUAAGCAAAUCGAUGAGUCCACAGCAAGGCUUCAGGAGGCCCUCCAGAAUCGCGAGAAGAUGACAUCUCGUCGUCAGCACUUACACGCACGUCUAGACAGCGAAGAUGCCAAGAAGCAAGCAGCUCAGGACCAACAUCGUCAGGAAUGCCAGAUCGAGGAAGAGAGACAACUUCGCAGUGAGAUUCAAAGCUUGCUCGAGCAACGACGCAGCACUGCCCGAAGCACGGAGUCAACACUGAAGGAGCGGGCGCGGCACCUGGAAGACUUGCGGAAGCAACAAGCGGAGAAAGAAAGGCUUGUAGCGCAGUUCAAGAUCACUGAGCAGCAGCUGCGGCGCCAAAUUCGCUUGGAGCACCGCAGACCAGGCAGCGCAAGAAGCGAACAUCGAGGACCGCUGAGGGUGCCACCUUCGCCAAAGAUGGCACCGGAAAGGGGCAGACUUAACGCUGGCGAUGCGCCUCAGCCCGCUGCGGCAGCAUCUCCCCAACCGGACGAAGUGGGCGAAGGGGCGACCAGGCCAACUGCACUCUCAAAGAGCUUGCAGACAAGGCCCCAAGACAGAAGUUUAUGCCCAAUGCGGGCGGCCUCUUCACCGAGCUAA